GCCCUGGCAGGGUAAAAUGGUGGAGUUUAGAUAUAUAAAUAGGAUGGAAGAAGAGCCUCUUCACGUCUCUUUCAUGUCAUGUGCUUGAGCAAGCUUCAGUAAUCAUGACUAGCUUCACCCUUCACAUAUAAGUAUACAACAGAAGUGCAAAGCUCCUCCGCAAGAAAAAUAUCCACCAAUCUGUCUGUAUCUUUCCUUUUAAUCCCUUCACCAUCAGACAUGGUUGCAGCCUUAUGGAUGGAGCUUUCAAUCACCAACAAGAAAGAGAAGGAACCCAACAACAACAACAGCAACAACAACAUCAACAGCUCAAGCUUUGUCUCCCAUUGGUGAGGCUCAGAAGCAUUGGUAACCCGAACCCGUUUAGCGUUUUAAGGUUUUGGGUAGCAAAGUCUUUUCGGAAUUUCUAUUGCAGAGGUUGUUUCUCAAAAGGGCUUUGCUUGAGAGGGUUUCGGUAUAAUGGGAUGGUGGUGAACAACUCUGUUUUUUGUGCUUCGCCCAGUUUUCUUGAAGAAGGGAAAGCUGUAAUGGAGGGUUUGAUUGAAAAGAAUGUGGGCAUUGAAGAUAGGAAUGAACCGUGUGAGGAAAAUGGAGUUAAGAUGGAAACAUUUGGGGAUUUGAUUGAAGAAGCGCGCCGCGAGAGCAGUUCAAGCUGUGAUUUUUUGACAUCUGAGACGACAGGGCAUGAGGAACAGAGUCACAGCAGCUCUGAGUCAUCUUCGCCACCUUCGUUGGGUUGGCCUACUCUGAAAGCUGAGAUACAAGACUGCACGAGUACUAAUGGUGCUGAGGAUGAAGAGAAACCUCGCUUGGGUGAUAGAAAAUUAAAGAAACAAGGUUCGGCGAUGUCAGAUAUUGAGAUGAUGAAGGAAAGGUUUUCAAAAUUGUUGCUUGGAGAAGAUAUGUCGGGUUGUGGAAAUGGGGUUUCCACGGCAUUGGCUAUUUCAAAUGCCAUUACCAAUCUUUGCGCCACUAUAUUUGGGCAGCUUUGGAGGUUGGAACCUUUACCUCCUGAGAAGAAAGCAAUGUGGCGAAGGGAGAUGGAUUGGCUUCUAUGUGUUAGUGAUUACAUUGUAGAGCUGAUACCUAGUUUGCAGACAUUUCCAGAUGGAAGCAAACUCGAGGUCAUGACCUGCCGACCCCGCUCUGAUCUUUACGUGAAUCUCCCAGCACUGCGUAAAUUGGAUAACAUGCUUCUUGAAGUAUUAGAUAGUUUCAUAGAUACAGAGUUCUGGUAUGUUGACCAAGGGAUUCUUGCCCCAGAUGCUGAUGGGUCGGCCUCUUUCCGAAGAGCACUUCAGCGCCAAGAGGAGAAGUGGUGGUUGCCUGUGCCCCGAGUUCCUCCUGGUGGCCUCCAUGAGGAUUCAAGAAAGCAGUUGCAGCACAAGCGCGAUUGUACGAACCAAAUCUUAAAAGCUGCCAUGGCUAUCAACAGUAUUUCUUUAGCUGAUAUGGAAGUCCCCGAAUCAUAUGUGGAAGCUCUUCCAAAGAAUGGAAGAGCCAGCUUGGGAGAUUUUAUUUAUCGAUAUAUUUCAUCAGACCAGUUUUAUCCUGAAUGUUUGCUUGAUUGCCUUGAUUUAUCUUCUGAACAUCAAGCUAUAGAGAUUGCCAACCGAGUGGAGGCCUCAAUCUUUGUGUUUCACAAAAGAACCAACUCAAAACCUGCCAAUAAUACAACCCGAUCCAAUUCAAAGUCAUCAUGGGAAAUGGUAAAGGAGCUGAUGGUUGAUGCAGAAAAAAGGGAAUUGCUUGCAGAAAGAGCCGAAAGCCUUCUGCUAUGCCUGAAGCAGCGAUUCCCUGGUCUCCCGCAGACAACCUUAGAUAUGAGCAAAAUCCAAUAUAACAAGGACGUUGGGAAAUCAAUUCUUGAGAGCUACUCAAGAGUGUUGGAGAGCCUGGCCUUUAAUAUUAUAGCACGUAUUGACGAUCUACUAUACGUGGAUGACUUGACCAAGCAUUCAGAUCAAUUCUCAUCACUCUCUAAAGUCUGUGCGAUUGCUCACAAGAGCGUUCCAGCAUCAUUUUCAGUGCCUGUCUCAAGCACUCCAUAUAAAACAGCUUUCACCACACCAAGCUUUUCGCCGUCACAGCGACACAGCCCUGCAAAUGGAGAAAGAUCACCGUUCGUCACUAGCAGCAAGAUUCCACACCGUGGGAUAGGCGUGAAGAAGGUUCUAACAGAUUACCUUAGUAUUGAUACGAAUAAAAAGGACUGUGACAAUCCUAUUGAGAGGUCGGAUAGAAGAUCAAACACAAUAGCGCCGGCAUCUCAAACUGGAAUAAAGUCUGCUGAUUGUACAAAAAAAGCUGUAAGCCCACCAGUAAAGGACUUAAUUGUGGAAGAAUGAACCUUGAGUUGGGGCUUUUGAACUCGUUCUCUUGGGUGUUGUACUGUAAGCCAGCUCUUUUAUGUAUGUUUUUUUGUAGACAAGGUGUAUAUGAUAUUGGGAAGAUUUGUCAUGUUGUUUAGUUCUUGUUGUAACGAGAUGUCUGUAACAGUGAUGAGUUGUAUGCUUCAUGUUUCUCAUGGGCAUUCUUUAAUUCUAUAGUUUGGAGUUUGUUUCCCAUUGACCAGACUUGAACUGGGAAUGUAAACAGAAAGAAACAACUGACCCUAUAUACUCA